GAAGGGAGGGCUCUGGACCCAGCACACCCUGAGAUCAGGAGGGAGGGCUCUGGAUUCAGGAGCAGUGCCGGAUCAGAGGAAGGGAGGGCUCUGGAGCAGCACAGACUCAGAUCAGAGGGAGGGCUCUGGACCCGGCACAGACUCAGAUCAGAGGGAGGGCUCUGGAAUCAGGAGCAGUGCCGGGAUCAGAGGAAGGGAGGGCUCUGGAGCAGCACAGCCGCUGACGCUGCCGGCUGCAGCAGCUCCGCAAUGGCUGAGCCCGCCGGCGCUGAGCUCAUCCCGCAGCCUGCCGGGCACUGCCGCCCUUAGCUCUGCUCCGAUCCGCCUCGGGACCACCCGCUGCCCUGCCCUGCUGAGCCCCAUCCCCGUCCUGGACAGGGCCAGAGCCCCUGGAGCUGAGCCAUGGGGGACAGAGCGGGACACUGAGGGACAAGAGCACUGCCAGCCCUGACCAGCACUGCUCCUCAGCAGGCCCCAGAAGAUGUAGAGCGCGGCGCCGCGGAGCCGGCGGGGCCCGUCCCUCACCAUGGCCAAGAGGGGCUCCAGCAGCCGUGCCAGGGGGGACAAGCCCGACGCCCUGGCUGCCCUGCAGGCUGCCAACGAGGAGCUCAGGGCCAAGCUCACCGACAUCCAGAUCGAGCUGCAGCAGGAGAAGAGCAAGGUCAGCAAAUUGGAAAGGGAGAAGAACCAGGAGGUGAAGCAGAUCAAGGAGCACGAGCAGCACAAAAGCACAGUGGUGGUCACAGAGCUCAAAGUCAAACUCCACGAGGACAAAAUGAAAGAGCUCCAAGCUGUUCGAGAAACACUUCUGAGGCAGCACGAGGCCGAGCUGCUCAGGGUCAUAAAAAUCAAGGACAAUGAGAUCCAGAGGCUGCAGACCCUGCUGAACGCCGUGCGGGACGGGGCCCCCGACAAGGUGAAGACGGUGCUGCUGAGCGAGGCCAAGGAGGAGGCCAAGAGGGGCUUCGAGGUGGAGAAGGUCAAAAUGCAGCAGGAGAUCUCCGAGCUGAAGGGGGCCAAGAAGCAGGUGGAGGAGGCUCUGACCAUGGUGAUCCAGGCUGACAAGAUGAAGGCAGCCGAGAUAAGGAGCGUGUACCACCUGCACCAGGAGGAGAUCACCCGCAUCAAGAGGGAGUGCGAGCGGGAGAUCCGCAGGCUGAUGGAGGAGAUUAAGUUUAAGGACAGAGCAGUCUUCGUGCUGGAGAGAGAGUUAGGGGUGCGAGCCGGGCAUGCUCAGAGACUGCAGCUCCAAAAGGAGGCUUUAGAUGAACAACUGUCCCAGCUCAAAGAGUCUGACCGGCAUCUGAGCAGCCCCAAGCGGGAACUUCCUUAUGCAAGUGGUGCAGGAGACGCUUCAGAUCAUUCGGGAAGCCCCGAACAGCAGUUGGAUGAAAAGGACGCCCGGCGCUUCCAGCUGAAAAUCGCGGAGCUGAGCGGGAUCAUCCGCAAGCUGGAGGACAGGAACGCGCUGCUGUCGGAGGAGAGGAACGAGCUGCUGAAACGUCUCAGAGAAGCAGAGAGUCAGUACAAGCCCAUUCUGGACAAAAACAAACGCCUCAGUAGGAAGAAUGAGGAGCUGUCACACGCCUUACGUCGGAUGGAAAAUAAAUUGAAAUUUGUGACGCAGGAAAAUAUCGCCAUGAGGCAAAGAACUGGAGCUAUAAGGAGACCGAGCUCCUUAAACGAUCUUGACCACAGCCAGGAAGAAAGGGAAGUGGAUUUCCUGAGACUGCAAGUCAUUGAGCAGCAGAACAUCAUUGAUGAGCUCUCCAAGACCCUGGAGACUGCUGGCUAUGUGAAGAGUGUCAUGGAACGGGAUAAGCUGCUGAGGUUCAGGAAGCAAAGACAGAAGAAAAUGACAAGAAUUCCUAAGCCCGUGGUGGAGACGUUCUAUGGCUAUGAUGAGGAGGCUUCCCUGGAGUCCGACGGCUCCUCCAUCUCCUACCAAACGGACCGGACGGACCAGACCCCCUGCACGCCCGAGGACGACCUGGAGGAGGGCAUGGCCAAGGAGGAGACGGAGCUGCGGUUCCGGCAGCUGACCAUGGAGUACCAGGCGCUGCAGAGAGCCUAUGCCCUGCUGCAGGAGCAGGUCGGGGGCACCCUGGACGCUGAGAGGGAGGUCAAGACCCGUGAGCAGCUCCAGGCAGAAAUUCACCGCUCCCAGGCUCAGAUAGAGGAUCUGGAGAAGGCUCUGGCUGAGCAGGGACAGGACAUGAAGUGGAUUGAGGAGAAGCAGGCCCUGUACAGGAGAAACCAGGAGCUGGUAGAAAAGAUCAGGCAGAUGGAGGCUGAGGAGGCUCGGCUCAAACACGACGUGCAGGACGCCAAGGACCAGAACGAGCUGCUGGAGUUCAGGAUCCUGGAGCUGGAGGAGAGGGAGAGGCGCUCCCCAGCCAUCACCUUCCUGCACGGCCCCUUCACGGAGGGCAGGAGCCCGCUGCAGGUGUACUGCGAGGCCGAAGGUGUCACAGACAUCGUAGUGGCAGAGCUGAUGAAGAAGUUGGACAUUUUAGGGGAUAACGCCGUAAGUAACCUGACCAACGAGGAGCAGGUGGUGAUCAUCCAGGCCAGGACCGUGCUGACCCUGGCUGAGAAGUGGCUCCAGCAGAUCGAGGUGACCGAGUCAGCGCUGCAGCAGAAGAUGCUGGACCUGGAGAACGAGAAGGAGCUGUUCAGCAAGCAGAAGGGAUACCUGGACGAUGAGCUGGACUUCAGGAAGCAGUCGCUGGACCAGGCUCACAAGCAAAUUCUGGAAUUAGAAGCCAUGCUCUAUGAUGCCCUGCAGCAAGAAGCUGGAGCCAAAAUUUCCGAACUUCUUUCAGAAGAGGAGAAGGAGAAGCUGAAGAGCGCGGUGGAGCAGUGGAAGCGGCAGGUGAUGAGCGAGCUCCGCGAGAGGGACGCACAGAUCCUGCGCGAGAGGAUGGAGCUCAUCCAGCACGCCCAGCAGAGAAUUAAAGAGCUAGAAGAAAGAAUUGAAGGCCAAAAAAGACAAAUAAAAGAGUUAGAGGAAAAGCUUUCAUUCUUUGGUCAUAGUCCUUCAGGCCACAUGCACAAGCCCCCUGAGGCCCCUCCAGCUGCUCCUGCUGUCGUUCCCAGAGGGACAGCCCUGCCUGAAUCCCACCCCCAGACCUUGCCCUUGCCACCCCCCCAGACCUGUCUGGUUUUUGCUGCUGGAGAUGGGAGGUGCAGUCUGAGGGGCUGAGCACCCUGAACACCCGAGGAGCUGGGACAGGACUGAACUGAGCCUCAGAGAAAACCAAAAACUCUGCCCAGGCUGCUCAGGCUGCCCUGGCUCUGAGCCCAGCUCUGCCAGAGCACAUCUCUGAUUCAGAUACUCUGGAUUCCUUCUGCGUCCCUGCUGAGCAGGUGCUGAAUUGCUUCUGUGUAGAAGUGCCCGUUCCUGUUUGUAUGCCACACGUUCAUGUUUGUUAUCCACAAAAACCUGUCUUGGAAGGGUUUGGGAGGUGUUCCAGAGGAGUAGCUCAUGGAAGGAUGAAUGUGAAUGAAAAUGAUGAAUAUGAAUGAAAAUGAAGUGGUUUGUUCCAAGGUGUUUCUUCGUUGCCCCAUGCUUUGUUGAACAUCCCAUGAGCCCAGCUUUAGCAAAAAAAUGUAAAGCUACAUUCAAGAAACCAAACUGUAAUUUUAUUUUUUUGAGUUGUCAGUAAACCACGAUGAGGAAAACUAAGCAGUAAUUUAUGUCCCUGAACAAAGACAAAAGGCUUAACACUGUCCCAGCAAAAAGUUCAACCUGGAAAGGAGUGAACUCAACCAGAUUAUCCCUGACCCACCUGCACUGGGCUGGGAGAGGCAGCAAGAGGGAACAGAGGAUGUUACCACCUGGAAAAUGUCACCUGGAAAAUGUCACCUGGAAGAUGUCCUCACCUGGGGAAAGGGAGCACAAGUCCCACAGCCUGAGCCUGGGAGACUGGCACAGGAACUGGGAAGGAAAAAGAAUCCUCUAGAAAAACAGGUGAAGAGGGGAAAAUCCAGAAGGAAUUCCAGAGUGUGACUGCCCACGUGGAAUCCACAGCCAAGCACAGAAAUGUGGGGCUGUGGGGCAAGGCCAGGAAUGAGGGACAAAGCCAGGAACGAGGAGCAAAGCUGGAACAAGACCAGGAACAAGGCAGACCCCAGACCCAGGUGCUGCUGGUGCCACGGUGCCCCUGCCCACAGCACGGGGCAGGAAGGGAUCAGAGCUCCGGGCAGGUACUUGUGCCACUGGAAUUUAUAAAGCUAAGAAGAAAUCCCCUUGAUACUGAGAUUCUUCAGCCUCCUCCUGCACUCGUGCAUCGACCGUGUUUUAACCAGCACAGGGAGCUCAGCUGCAGAAACACGAGGAGUUGUGUUGGUCAGAGAAGUGUGAGAUUGGAACUGAAGGGAUGCGAUGUUCUAAGGCCAAGGCUGCGGAUUUUGAUAUCAGCAGAUGAUUCCAUCACGGAAUUGAUUUAACAAGCUCCCGUUCCACCAGACACCAACACCAGUGCUGGCAUUCUGGGAUGAGCUCCGUUUUUGCUUCUGCAUUUCACGCCUGAAACGGGUCCAUUUUGAGUUCUACUGAAAUACUUCAUGUCUUAAAACACUGCAUUUACUGGGAGCCCUGCAGGUGGUGGCUGAGGUGACAAAGGGCACGUCAGGAGGUGGCCUGAGUCCAUCUCAUGGCUCUUCACUGAGGACGUGCCUGGUGUGUCCGUGUGUCUCAAAUACCGGCUCUGUGUUCUGAUUACCUUCCUUCAUCCUGGGGUUUUUAAGUACAAAGCCAAUUGUACAGGACAGGUCUGUGUGUAAAUAAGGGAUUGUACUCACCUAUACGUCACUAUAAAUAUGUAUGAAGUUUUGUACAUAGGAAAGGAAAAACGGCUCGAAGAAUGUUUUCAGAGCUGUUCAAAUGCACGGGCAGGGAUUUAAUCCAUGUGCUCCCUCCCUCUCCGGGAAGGGAUCCCGCUGGUUCCACCCCUGCCUGCAUCCCCCGGGCUCUGCGAGGAGUUCUGGUGAUCCGGGGCUGGGCUGGGCUGGGCUG